AUGGUGAAGCUCGCUGUCGCUGGUUUCGGCGAGGCCGCCCGCGAGGUCGUCAAGGCUAUUCUUGCAGAAGGUCACCACGAAAUCACGGUUCUUUCUCGAAAAGAUGCUCCCUCUAACCUCUUGCCCGACUUGAAAUGGACCAAGGUAAACUAUGAGGACAAGAAACAACUUGCUAAAGCCUUGAAAGGCAUGCAUACUGUUCUCUCGUUCAUUGUUACUCAUCUGGAUAUAGGAUGCGUUGCCCAGAUUAACCUUAUUGACACCUGCGUCGAGGUUGGCGUCAAGAGGUUUUCCCCGAGCGAGUGGGCCAUGAUUGACCUCAAUGGAAGCCAAUUUUACGCCAACAAGAUACAGAUCCGCCGCUAUCUGGAGAACUUGAAUAAGCCCAAGAAGGUUCUCGAAUACAGUAUGUUCUUCCCAGGAGUAUUUAUGAAUUACCUCGCACCUCCUGAGAAAAUGGGCGCGGAUCUUUCCUAUAUAAAGCCAUUCAUCGAUUUCGAGUAUUGUCGUGCUAUUCUUCCGGAACAGACAGAUAUAACUGUCUCGUUCUCGACCAUUCAAGAUCUCGGAAGGGUUGUUGCAAAGGCCCUGGAUUACGAGAGCGAGUGGCCUGUCCUAGGCGGGAUCGCAGCCAGCAAGACGAGCAUCUCUGACCUUCUCCAACUUGGUGAAAGAAUUCGAGGCAAACCAUUCAGCAUCGAAAGGAUUAAACAGAGCGAUCUCGAGGCCGACAAGUUCACUACAUCAUGGGCCCCUGAAUUCAACCACCCGACAAUUGCCGUCGAUACCCGGAAGGCUGUGUCAAAGCGCUAUCUUAGAUUUGCCAUGUUAGGUCUUGCCAAAGGAGCGUGGGAUAUUCCUGACGUGUGGAACCAGCUGCUGCCAGAAGUCGAGUUCACUAAACUUGAAGAUUUCUUGCAAGCUACGUGGGACAAGGCCGAUCAUAAAUCCCGAGUUACAGGCUCAGUUCGUCGAAUCCAUCUUGAAGAUACAAUCCUGCUGGAUCGCAUCCGUUUUGACUCCCAUCUUCACUGGAGUAUCUGGAAUCCUCAUCUUCCAGUGGGGUUAUACGAGCCAAUUCAACCCUUCACGAGACCGAGGAGCAAUUUGAGCUCCUCAGCAAGAAAUACGGAGUUCUUGAAAAAGACUCCGAACAUCAAUGAGUACUCCUGGGCAAGUAACCACGAGCAGAGUCCAGCAGGGGCUGCCUUUUACAUCUCCCAACUUGAGUGUCUUGACUCCCAGGGUCUGCAUGCCAACUGGGUUUCUGGCUCUCUGCUCCAGGGCCUUAUAGCCAAUCUUCCCAUCAAGAAGAAUGAAGAGUACUCGUCAACAGGCAAAUGGCAUGAGUAUACCUACUAUUACAAAGAGAUGCGCGGACAGCGUGUUGUUACUACUCCAUCAGCCGAUGAGUUCUUCAAGUCACAUCACCUGGCCGGAUUCUCGGCAUGCUGGUAUAAGUUGCCGCGUCUAGCUCGAUCUGGAAGUGACUAUCGAGAGUCGCCAGGCCCGACAACCCGAAUCAUCCCAUCGCUGUAUUGGUUGACGGUGAUGUGUAUGCCGUUGUUGAUUCCAAAGUUAUAUAACGAUCAGGAUGCCUUCACGAAACAUCCUCCUCCAUCAGCAAGCAAACACUUCAGAUUAUAUCUCAUCAUGAUUUUCCGUCCCUCCCUCCUGUGCAGCAUGCUUGUCACGUUGGCUGUCGGCCAAAAGAGCAAGCCAAACAUCAUAUUCAUUUUAACUGAUGACCAGGACGUCCACAUGCAAUCAAUGGACUACAUGCCACUCCUGAAGAAGUACAUCGCGGAUGAAGGAACUCUGUAUCAACGCCACUAUUGUACCACAGCCAUCUGCUGUCCUGCUCGCGUCAGUAUCUUGACAGGCAAAUUGGCACACAACACCAAUGUCACCGACUUAAUUUUGCCCUAUGGUGGAUACCCAAAGUUCGUCCAGGAGGGCCUUAACAGCAAUUACUUGCCUAUUUGGCUUCAGGAUGGAGGUUAUAAUACCUACUAUACGGGCAAAUUAUUCAAUGCGCAUACCGUCGAUAACUAUAAUGACCCUCACCCUGCAGGAUGGACUUCUUCUGACUUCCUCCUGGACCCUUUCACGUAUAGCUACUGGAACGCCACUUGGCAAAGGGACUCCGAGCCCCCUAUUAGCCACGAGGGAACAUACAACACUGACGAUCUGGCCGAGAAGACUAUCAACUACAUACGUGAGGCACAUGCGGCAGGCAAACCAUUCUUCCUGACCAGUGCUCCCAUCGUGCCUCAUAACGAGGCCGUUGUACCCGAGAUGCCAGAUAUAUGGACCAGUACCCCUGAUGAUCCCGCUCUUCGGCCUCGGCUUUUGCCGCCUCAACCAGCCAAGCGUCACGAGCACCUGUUCCUAGAUGUCAAAGUUCCAAGGACUCCCAACUUUAAUCCUGAUAAGCCUAGUGGUGUCAACGGCGUUGCCCGCCUUCCCAAGCUCAACCAGACCAGUCUUGACUAUAACGACAACUAUUUCCGCCUGCGUUUGCAGUCACUCCAAGCAGUCGACGAGAUGGUUGAGAGGGUCGUUCUUGAACUCGAAUCUCUUGGUAUUGCAGACGACACCUACAUCAUUUACACGACGGACAACGGCUAUCAUAUCGGCCAGCAUCGCCUUCAGCCCGGAAAGACAUGUGGUUUUGAGACGGAUAUCAACGUCCCCCUCUUGAUCCGAGGACCUGGAGUCCCCAAGUCCAAGGUCACUGAUGCUGUAACGAGCCACACGGACCUAGCGCCCACCAUCUUGCGCAUGGCUGGUAUCAAGGCGAGACCCGAUUUCGAUGGCUUGUCGGUUCCGCUUUCACGGAAUGAAAUUAACCAAGGGGCUAAAGCAAGCGCCGAACAUCUAGGAAUUGAAUUCUGGGGUAUCUUGGGUGACGAAAGUUGGCACAGUGAAUUUACCAAAGCAGUUGACACUUACAAACUUAACAAUCUUCUGCCCUCGGGUCCCAACGGUACUGGAAUGCCCAUCGAGUCAUAUGCUAAAUCAAAGGUUAAAGUCGAAGGGCGACCUCUCCUCACUAUCAUCAGCCGCCUGGAUGCGAUCAUGGCUGUCAUGAAGUCGUGCAAAGGAACGACAUGCACCAACCCAUGGAAGGUCCUGCAUCCGAAGGGGGACGUGAAGAAUUUGCGUGACGCGUUGAAGACCAGGCAUGAUGCCUUUUACUUGGAAUCUGCGAAAGAAAACUCGGUCAGCUUCUCCAUGUGCGCCGGUGGGUAUCUAGCAUCCAACGAAAGCCCUCAGCAGCCUUCCAUUUACGGGAGAGAUGGCGGCUGGAGCAUCCUCACCUAG